AUGGCUACUGUAAACCGAAAAAACGAUGCCGUCAAGUUCCCUACCAGCUUGAAUCUCUCGAACAAACAUGUAGCGACUACAUGUGGGCAUCAGCUACAUCCUGAACUACCGGAGAGGUUUCGGCCAGCGUACUGUCCAGUAUGCGAUAUCAUUGUAUAUCUCAACAUACUUCAUCAGCUGGCCAAAGCAUGGGACAGCAUAGGGGGACCUUGGGCUCAUUAUCAUGUAACACAUGGCGACUACCUUGUGUUUAGGGACACCUGGCAUGCUAUACGACUUAACAUUGAAGACUAUCUAGCUGAACUCCAAGAGGAGGCCGAACAUGAGGCUCGUUGGGAAAAUGAGCACCCUUUGGAGGCUGAUGCUGCGCGCGCAACGCUUUCUACCGCUCACGCCAUAUCGUCCGGACCCUGGCGAAAAUCCGGCAAAGCAAAGAAGAUGGUCAGCUUCGCCAAGGACACCAACUUGCAAAAGGUAGAGCAAAUGACCUGUAUCGUCGCAGUUCUGUUACCUAUGUGA